AGAAUAUUAGAAGAUUUAAAUACUCUUCAAAUUAAAGAGUAUUAUAAAGAUACUGGAUUAGAGCUUAUUUCUUAGCUUGAAAAAAGUGAAUCUUUAAAAAAGGAUAUCGCUUAAACACAUUAAACUUAAGCAGAGUCUAUUUACUAUCAAAAUAAUUAACUAAAAAUAACAAACUUCAAACAAAAAUUUCAUUAAUAAUUUAAAAUUGGAUUUUUACAGUUUUUAAAAUAAUUAUUUUUGGAAUUUCUUUUUUCGAUUUUCAGUAAAAAAAAAUUAAAAUAAAACAAAUAAUAAGUUUAUGAAAAGUUGAUGAAGAAUACAAUUAAAAAAGUCAACAUUUAUUAGGUUUAUCGAGACUUAAUUUAAUUGAAAACAGCUAUAAAACUGUUCAUGACACCAGACUAAUAUGCAGCUUUAUAAUUCUGUGGGUGCGAAUUAAAUUUUUAAACUAAAAAAGAAAAAUUAAGCCAAGCUGAAAACAUAUUAAAUCAAAAAGAAAAGGAAAUAGAAAGUCCAAAAACAGAUAGUUUAAAGGAAAAUAUAAAAUCUUUUAAUCAAGAGCUGAGUAGCAGAAGUAAUAAUUAAAAUAAUAUAUAGAGUCACUAAAUAUAACUAGCCGUCCUUUCUGAUGAUGAAGAAGUUUUGAAUAUCUAGGCUCAAAACUAAACUAAUACAAAAGACUGCAAUGAGGUUGUCUUUUAUUCUAAUUGCAGCAAUAUGAAACAAAAAAUAGAAAUGAAUUCAAAUUUAAGCCUAAAUUAGAAAAAUCAUCUCGAAAUACCAACAAAACAGUAAGAUAAAUAAUAAGCUAUUAGUUAAGUUGUAAAUUUACCAUAGUAAUUAAAUAUUAAAAAUAAGAAAAACCAUCUAUAAGAAAUAGAUUAAAUUCUAAAUAAUUAGGAAUCUCUCAUGUAAAAUUUAAAGCUAUUUAUAGAAAAAAUAAAUAAAUCUUCAGACAUAACAGAUUUAGAUUUAAACAUUUACUCAUCUUUAAUUUAACCACACUAUUUAAAAAAUUGA